AGAAGAAUGAGAUCAAGAUGGAGCGUCAAGAGGACGCCCAUGAUGCGAAACGAGUAGCCGUUGCUUGCGAGACCUGUCGAAAGCGUAAGCGUAAAUGUGAUGGGGCUAAGCCUGUCUGCUCUACAUGUAGUAGCCGUGAGCUUGAAUGUCAAUACGCUGACCAGAGUGCAAGUCGCAAGCGCAAGCAAUGGAGCCUCGACUACGUUUCGACUCUCGAGGAGACCAUAUCGACGCUCAAGGGCUACAUUAGUGAUCUUCAAGAGCAUGGAGUGAUUGGAGAAACGCCGGCCAACAUUAAUGGUCUUCUGGUAGCCCAUCUCGAUAGUGAGAAGACGUCUUCGUUUGAUACUGUCAAUGCCAUGACAUCAGCAGAAAACGAAGAUCUACAUGUCCGGAGCCCUGGUGACAAAGCAAUUUCUGAGCGUCGGUUACCGUCUGCGAUUGACGAGAUGAGCGCGAUGAUUUGGAAGAUGAAUAUCUGCGAAGAUGGCACUUCUACCUUCACGGGCCCCUCCGGAAACUUCUGCUUCGAACCACCCGCAGGAAGGAUGUUGCCCGUCGUCCAGUCGAGAGUCCAUCCGUCAAAGAGCGCAGCUAGGACUGACUAUCUCCAAGAUCAUAGCUUGAAGGAAGAGCUGAUCUCGCUUUUUAUGACUAAAGUGAAUUCGUAUCACCAGUUUGUCAACCCGUUUUUAAAGUCAGCGGAAGAGACAAAUGGGCCUGAUCUCCAUCUCCUUCGAAUUUCAAUGUGCACAGCUGGUUCAUCUUAUUCGCAACGUCCCGAUGCCUCGGCGGUAGGUCAGGCGUUCGCUGAAAAUGCUGAAAAUAUUGCGCUUACCUGCUGCCGUACUCUUCCAUCUCUUUCAACAGUUCAAGCUCUCAGCAUUCUUUGCUGGUACGAACUGGGUCAAGAUCAUGACAACAUGGCUUGGGUCUAUAAUAGCACUGCGUCAGCUGUAGCUCUUCAUCUUGGACUCCAUGUCAUCGGCUUCGAAAGACUGGCCGGUGGAGUAUCCAGCAACGCAGCUGAUCAACACGAGAGGAUCCGGACUUUCUGGAGCUUGUCUCUAAUGGAUCGUAUUGCAACAUCAACGCUGGGUAGACAAUGCGUCAUGCCUUGGCGGCGAACGAGAGUUCCGUCAUUACUAGAUAUACUGGACCAUAGCGCUGGACCAGAUGAAAUCGCAUUUGGCCACCAGUGUAAACUAUGGUUUCUGCACGAUCAGUUCAUGGACCAGAUCUACGCCUUUGAUUUCGACGAGCUGAACUUUGAAAUCCGGAAUAAGAUUCUCGUACACGCUCGCGAGAAUCUUUUCAACUUCCAUCAAGGGAUCGACGAACGGCUACACGAGAUGUCCACUCACCACAGCAUAGUCUUCUUCAAAAUGUCGUAUCAAACAUCUCUCCUCUUGAUCCAUCGCCCAUACAUGCGAGAAGAUCCUGGAAGCUCGUCCUACCGACUCGCUCUUCGUUCGAUGACAGCUGCCGCGGCGCAAAUGACGCGCUUGAUUCGCAUGUUUCGCAAGACUGGAAAUUUUGUCGAUGCUCCGCCGUUUGUCAUUCAUCACAUCUUGACAGCUUCCAUCAUGCAUCUGCUCAACGCGACUACAUUGGAACCGAGCAUCCGUCAACAGUCGAUCGGGCGAUUCAGAGUUUGUGUCGAUGCGCUAGAGGAGAUGCAGCCGAUGUGGCAACACGCACGGAGGGCUGUGCGACUAUUACAAGGGCUCGCGCAGCGAUGGGCUGUCGUGUUUGCAUUGCCUAUACGGUUGAGCAAUCCCCUAAGCUCCAUCGAUCAAGAGACGUUGGAAUCGGUAUCACUGGUUGCAUUGCCAGAGCUCGCGCAAGUCGAUGAGCAUACCACAGCCAGUCACCAUAGCAAUCAGAGCACCUCUUUUGACGCCAGAGGGGACGCUGUUGGCGAUGAUUGGUCGUUCGCGUUGUCGGACGGGCAAUUCGACCAGAACGCGUCUAUUGAUAUCAACGCGUUGUGGGAUUUCAGCGAGUAUCCCGACCUGUCACAGGCUCCGGGGUUUGAGUGGAUGGGUGGUAGUUAGUCUUUUGUGAAUGACGCGUGAAACGCGUAUGAUUGAUGAUAUGUUGGUGUUGAGGGUUUGGCAGGUUCGCCGAACCAGGAAGGUCAGGUGGCGGCGUGGCGCAGCAUUUUUUUCCCCUUUCUCGAUUGUGGCUGGUGCGGCACAGAGCGGGGUCGUCCCGACCUUGUUCCGAAGUCAGGUUCUCUCGAUAACCUUACACCUUCAUAUUAAAGAUCUUUAAACCUCAG